AUGCACCUAUACCAUGCGGCUCUCCUGGGGGGGCCGGCCCUUCUCCAAGUCCCGGUUUGGCGAGUGCAUGAAGAGCGAUCCCAGUCUGGUGCAGCUGCCGGUCGUCUCGUCCUCAGUACUUCCCGCUCUCGUCUGACCCUGGCAUGCCCAGACGGAGCUUCUCCCGCAGGGCCACAUGGCGGGGCUGAGGUUAUUAUUAUUAUUAUUUCUUCGUUUUUAACCGUGCCGCACCCCCCCUUCUUCCCCCAAAAGAAAAAAGUUAUACGCACGUUUUAUGAGGCUAAAAUUUUCAUCUCGUUCUCUCCAUUAUUCGCGAGUUUAGGUAGCACGGCGUUUAUUUAUGGGUCAAAAGCGGGAGAGCGCUCGUCAAGCUCUGUGGAUGCCGUGGUGGAACAGUCGCAGGGGCAGCAGGCGUUACAAUUUGAUAUCAACGAUGGGAGGGAGUCUUCGCUGGCAACGCCGCCUCCCUCGUCAGCUUCAGACGACCCCAUCGAAUUCGAAAGCCGCCUGAUCAGAUAUACUCCGCCGACACCCGAAGUUCAAGCCAACCCGUUUGAGCUGAGCUGGCUGCCGAAACAGCAGCAGAAACUCCUUGAUCAUUUCGUAUCAUGCACCACCUUGUCGAUGUCAUGUCAUUCGCCAAUCCAGGAUAUGUUCUGCCGGGUUCUCGUGCCCAUGGCUACACAGACCCCUCAUCUCAUGAACGCCCUGCUGAGCCUGGCAGCCACUCACAGAUUGACCCUGGGCAUGGACCAAAGCAUGUCAGAGCUCAACCAUCUCAAGGCCUCCAGUCUCCGUCAGCUGCAAGACGCUCUGGCCAAGCCCGGGGCUAGCUUGGACGAAUCAGUAGUCGCAACUACCCUUACCCUGUGUCAUUCUGACUUUGUCUCGGAUGGCCGUAGCCCUGGUUCAUGGCGUUCUCACCUGCAAGGCACAACGGCAAUAAUAUCUUCUUAUCUAGAGAAGUCAAAGGCUUCUCCAGACUCACUCACCAAUACCAUGUCCCUUCUGUGGCGAUGGUAUCUAUCCAUCGAAACCAUUGCUCUAUUAACAGGAAAUCUGGUCAUGCCAAACGAUUCUCGCGCCUUACUCCAGAUGCGAAAAUUGAUAAGCGAUGAUAAAAUCGACGAUUUGGCUGGAUUCUCGUCCUCGUUAGGACCGAUCUUCAAACAAAUCAACCGUCUUGCGAUAGAGGCUGACCUGGCUCUCAAACAAGAUGAAGGAGGGCAUUUACCUGCAGACUCAGACCCCAAAAACCGCAUUCCGCUCUCAGUACUUGAUGAAAGCUAUCAGCUCAUCAAUGAGAUACAUUCAAAGAUGGGCCCCCAAGAACGGAGAUUUAGGCCUACGGUCGAUGCUUCAGUGCACAAAUAUGACUUUGCCACUGUUGACGAAGCCUUUCACCACGUCGCACUCGUUCAAAUAUAUCGCCGUAUCCUCAACCUGACCUCUACAGAUCCUUUGGUUCAGAGUUCGGUAAAACAUAUUAUCAGUCGGAUAUGCAAAGUUCGGUUCCUGGGCGAACCUUGCCCUGGAAUUGCCGUGCUACAACCUCUCUUUACAGCUGGCUGUGAAGCAUCUGCAGGGCCAGACAGGGACAGCAUCAAUACCUUGCUUUUGAACUUUGAACAUCGCUAUGGCAUGGGGAAUGCAAGGAAUUGUCGAACAUUUUUACACGAUUUAUGGGCCAUGAGAGAUAAGAGUGAUGAUGUAGAAGGGAAGACUAGAUGGGAUAAGGUUAUGGUUGACAAGGGACUUGAUAUCCUCCCUUAUUGA